AUGGCUGAUGCAGCGGUAGCAGAAGGGAUCAACAAUCCCGACAACCUCACCAAGUACAAAACCGCCGCUACCAUCAGUCACAAAGUCCUCGACGAGGUCUCCAAAUGGUUGGUCGAAGGAGCUAAGAUUGUCGAUCUGUGCAUCAAGGGCGACGAACUUCUCGAAGCAGAGCUCAGCAAAGUGUACAAGGGAAAGUCCAUCAAUAAAGGCAUCGCGACUCCUUGCACAAUAUCCCCUAGCUCUCAUGUCACCCCUUUCACCCCGUUGGUCUCGGACGCCGAUGACGCAGCCAUGACCAUCAAGGCGGGUGAGUUGGUUAAGAUUCAAUUAGGUGCACAGAUCGACGGGUAUGGUGCAAUUGUUGGGGACACCGUUGUGGUGCCACAAGAGAAAGGGAAGAAACCAGAGGUCACUGGCCGAGAGGCGGAUUUGCUUCUCGCUACUUACUACGCGAAUGAACUCUUGCUCCGACUGAUGGUGCCUCCGGGGCUAUUGGCCGCCGGGACUGAGGAAGAAAAGAAGAAGGCUGCUGCCGAAAAGCCGCCAACUCAAACGAAGAUCAUCGCGUUGGUCGAGAAGGUCGCAAAAGCCUACGACGUCCAUGUCGUUCAGCACACCACGUCUUGGCUAUUUGAGAAGAAUGAGAUUGAGGGCAAGAAGAAAAUCAUUCUGUCGCCGGCUGAUGGUGCCAAAGGAGAAGGUUCAGCAGAAGUCGGCGAGGUCUGGGGGGUUGAGGUGGGCAUGAGUCUGGGAUCUGGCAAGGUCAAAGAGUUGGACAAGCGAUCGACUCUGCUGAGGCGAACGACCACGACCUACGGCUUGAAGCGGCCAAGUUCGCGACAAGUUCUCUCGGAAAUUGUCAAGAAAUUCGGUACUUUCCCAUUCAGCCUACGGCAAUUGGAUGAUGAGCGAGCCGGCAAGGUUGGCGUGGUCGAGUGCAUCAGAUCUGGGGUUCUACGUGAAUAUAAGCCAGCCGCAGAGGCGGAUGGUUCUCCUGUCUCGAGAUUGUUCACCACUGUUGCAAUCACCAAGAAUGGCCUUACACGCCUAGCGGCUCCUCCUCCAUUGGAUCUGGAGACCGUCAAGUCCGACAAGAAGAUCGAGGACGAAGAGGUUCUGUCAAUCCUCGAGCGACCGCUCAGCAAGUCUACUGGCUCUAAGAGCAAGAACAAGAAGAAAAAGAAGAAGCCCGCCAAGAAGGCCACCGCCGCGGCUGCUACGGAGGAAGAAGAUGACGAUGACGAAGAUGACAGCGACGAAGAAUGA